AUGUCCCUAUACAACCCAGAUCGCUGGAUAGACCAGCUCAUGAGCUGCAAACACCUGUCCGAGCCCGAAAUGAAGAUCCUCUGCGAGCGCGUCCGCGCCAUCCUGCUCGAGGAAUCUAACAUUCAGCCCGUCUCAAGCCCGGUGACGAUCUGCGGGGACAUCCACGGGCAGUUCUGGGACCUGCUCGAGCUGCUGAGGAAGGGGGGCGACAUACCUGACACAAGCUACAUCUUCAUGGCACGUAGCGCUUACCAGGGUGACUUUGUCGAUCGCGGACACUACAGCCUCGAGACGGUCUCGCUGCUGCUUGCGCUGAAGGCAAGAUACCCGGACAAGGUCUCGCUCCUGCGCGGAAACCACGAGAGCAGGCAGAUCACACAGGUGUACGGAUUCUAUGACGAAUGCCAACAGAAGUACGGGAGCGCGACCGUGUGGAAGGCCUGCUGCAACGUAUUCGACUACCUCAACCUCGCUGCUAUCAUCGAUGGAGAGACCCUAUGCGUGCACGGCGGUCUCUCCCCCGACAUACGAACACUCGACCAGAUCCGCGUGCUCUCCCGCGCGCAGGAGAUCCCUCACGAAGGCGCGCUAUGUGAUCUCAUGUGGUCCGACCCCGACGAGGUCGAUAACUGGGCCGUCAGCCCUCGCGGCGCAGGGUGGUUGUUUGGCGAGUCCGUGACAAGGGAGUUCAACCACACCAACGCCCUCCGCCUCAUCGCACGCGCACACCAGCUCAUACAAGAGGGCUACAAAUACAUGUUCGACUCCGCCCUCGUCACCGUGUGGUCCGCGCCGAAUUACUGCUACCGGUGCGGGAACUUGGCGUCGAUAUUGACGAUCCGGGAGGACGGGGAGCGGGUCUUCACGGUGUAUGGCGCGGCGGCGGAGAAUGAGCGGGAUGGAGGGGUUGGAGGGAGGGGAGUGGUGAGUGCUCACGAGUCCUUUUUCUCCGAACGGUGGACUUUAACGUAUGCUUGUCGUAUGCUAACGCGAAUGUUACAGAACCAAACGCAGUACUUUAUGUGA